AUGGGAAGCCAACCAGUGCCGGAUGCCUGCCUCUCAGCCCCUUGCCAGAAUGGGGGCACCUGUGUGGAUGCAGAUGAGGGCUACGUGUGCGAAUGCCCCCAGGGCUUCACCGGGCCUGACUGCAGGGAGAGAACUCCUGACCACUGUGAGUGCCGUAAUGGUGGCAGAUGCCUGGGGACCAACACCACCCUCUGCCAGUGCCCCCCAGGCUUCUUUGGGCUCCUCUGUGAAUUUGAAGUCACAGCCACUCCCUGCAACAUGAACACGCAGUGUCCCGACGGGGGCUACUGCAUGGAGUACGGUGGGAGCUACCUCUGCGUCUGCCACACGGACCACAACGUCAGCCACUCACUGCCCUCACCCUGCGACUCAGACCCCUGCUUCAAUGGAGGCUCCUGUGACGUCCACGAGGACUCCUACACUUGCGAGUGCCCCCGAGGGUUCCACGGCAGGCACUGCGAGAAAGCCCGGCCACGCCUGUGCAGCUCGGGGCCCUGCCGGAACGGGGGCACGUGCAGGGAGGCGGGCAGCGAGUACCACUGCAGCUGCCCCUACCGCUUCACCGGGAGGCACUGCGAGAUCGGGAAGCCGGACUCCUGUGCCUCGGGCCCCUGCCACAACGGCGGCACCUGCUUCCACUACAUUGGCAAAUACAAGUGUGACUGUCCCCCAGGCUUCUCUGGGCGGCACUGCGAGAUAGCCCCCUCCCCCUGCUUCUGGAGCCCCUGCAUGAACGGGGGUACCUGUGAGGACCUGGGCCCAGAUUUCUCCUGCCGCUGCCGAGCAGGGUACAUGGGACGCCGGUGCCAGGCGGAGGUGGACUGUGGCCCCCCGGCGGAGGUGAAACAUGCCACGCUGCGCUUCAACGGCACUCGGCUGGGCUCCGUGGCCCUGUACAAGUGUGACCAAGGCUACAGCCCGAGCUCCCCCAGCCACGUCCGCGUCUGCCAGCCGCAGGGUGUCUGGAGCGAACCUCCACAGUGCCACGAGACAGACGAGUGCCAAGCGCAGCCAUGCCAUAACGGGGGCUCCUGCAGGGACCUCCUGGGGGCCUUUGUCUGCCAGUGCCCUGCAGGCUUCACUGGAGUCCACUGCGAGACAGAGGUGGAUGGCUGCCACUCCAGCCCCUGCCAGCACGGAGGCCGAUGUGAGAACGAUGGCGGGGCCUACCUGUGCGUCUGCCCAGAGGGCUUCUUCGGCUACCACUGUGAGACAGUGAGUGACCCCUGCUUCUCCAGCCCCUGCGGGGGCCGCGGCUACUGCUUGGCCAGCAAUGGGUCCCACAGCUGCACCUGCAAAGUGGGCUACACAGGCAAGGACUGUGCCAAAGAGCUCUUCCCACCAACGGCCCUCAAGGUGGAGCGAGUGGAAGAGAGUGGGGUCUCCAUCUCCUGGCGCCCACCUGAAGGCCAGGCCGCCAGGCAGAUGCUCGACGGCUACGCGGUCACCUACACCUCCUCGGACGGUGCCUACCGCCGCACGGACUUUGUGGACCGGAGCCGCUCCUCGCACCAGCUGCGGGCCCUCGCGGCCGGCAGAGCCUACAACAUCUCCGUGUUCUCGGUCAAGCGCAACGCCAACAACAAGAACGACAUCAGCAGGCCGGUGCUGCUGCUCGCCCGCACACGACCCCGCCCGGUUGAGGGCCUUGAGGUCACCAACGUGACAGCCAGCACCAUCUCAGUGCGGUGGGCUCUGCACAGGAUCCGCCACGCCACCGUCAGCAGCGUCCGCGUGUCCAUCCGGCAUCCUGAGGCCCAGGAGGACCAGUCCACCGAUACGGACAAGAGUGUGGACAGGUUCACGUUCGGGGCCCUGCUGCCAGGAAGGAGAUACACCAUCCAGGUGACUGCCCUCAGCGGGCUUGGGGGACAAGAGCCUCCCACCGAGAGCCUGGCCUCGGCCCCACUGCACGUGUGGACUCGGCCCCUGCCGCCAGCAAACCUGACAGCCGCCAGAGUCACAGCCACCUCUGCCCAUGUGGUCUGGGACACCCCCACUCCAAGUACCUUGCUGGAGGCAUACGUCAUCAACGUGACCACCAGCCAGAGCACCAAGAGCCGCUAUGUCCCUAACGGGAGGCUGACGUCCUACACGGUGCGGGACCUGCUGCCAGGACGGCGCUACCAGCUGUCGGUGACUGCCGUGCAGAGCACGGAGGGCGACCAACUGCACAGCGAGCCUGCUCACCUCUACAUCAUCACCUCCUCGAGGGACGGCGCCGACAGACGCUGGCACAGGGAGGGACUGCAUCCCCGGGUGCUCAGAAACAGACCCCCGCCCGCACGCCUGCCAGAGCUGCGCCUGCUCAGUGACCGCGACACGCCUGAAACCCAGACGCCGGCCCCCAGGUUCUCAGAGCUGGUGGACGGCAGAGGGCGAGUGAGUGCCAAGUUUGGGGGCUCGCCUGGCAAAUCGGCCACCGUGAGAUCGCAAUCCACAGCUCCAGUGCAGCUUGAGAACACGGAGGAGACCCCCAAGCAGGUGCCUGAGCAGGUCAGCCUGGCCCUCCAGCUUCCUGAACACGGCAGUGACAAGGACAUGGAAAACACCCCUGGGAACUGUUCAGAAAACCCCUGUCAGAACGGAGGCACCUGCGUGCCAGGUGUGGACACCCACAGCUGUGACUGCAACCCGGGAUUCAAAGGCAGACGCUGUGAGCUCGCCUGUAAAAAGGUGCCCCAGCCCUGCACUCGGCUCUUCUCAGAGACAAAGGCCGUGCCGGUCUGGGAAGGAGGCGCCUGUCACCAUAUGUACAAGAGAGUCUACAGAGUGCACCAGGACAUCUGCUUCAAAGAGAGCUGUGAAAGCACAAGCAUCAAGAACACCCCAAACAGGAAGCACAGUAACAGUCCAACACUGAAGAAAUCUUAGGGAACAGGGAUUCAGGACGUUCUUGUUACACUCCAUCAACCUCUCACGAGCUCCUAAAGCCCAGGAAGGCAGGGUCCAAAAUUGGAUUGAAAGGACACCCUGAAAGACCAGGUCCUGGCUCGAAUCCGUCCCCUCUGCGGCUUCCCUUCUCCAGCCUCUAGAAGACAGAAGGCCAGGCCGGGCAGGCUCCAGCCCACCUCCCCUCCGGGCUGCGCCAGGGAGACCCUCUGGGCCAAAUCACCUCCCAGUCCUGCGAUGCAUGGGACAGUCUGCGCUGUAGCCCUGGCUACUGUCUCCUACGGGGACAGCCUGUGCCGCGGCUGGGGAGCAACCAUGGCGUGCGCCUGGGCCCUGGAUGAGCAAGGCUGCCAGCCAGCAAGGCUCCUGCAAUAUCCGGGAACCAGUUCUCAGAUUCCAAAGUUGGAGGGCAAUUUUCCCCCUGAGACCUAACAGUCAAACUGAGGAGGAACUGCUCUCCGGCUUCCACUGCGGAGACAGCAGUGCCUGGAAGCGUCCGGGGUGAGGCCAGACGGAAAGGGAAGCUGAGUUCUAGGCGCCCCGCCCUGCUCUCCUCCAGCAAAUUCUUUGGGCUGAUACGUGGCAGGCUAGCGCCCCAUCACAUGGACCAGUAGAUUAUGAAAGAGAAAAUGUUCAUUCGUACUAAGAGGGAGUUUAGAUACUUUCAGUCUUCAACUUCUUCUCAGUGACUAUUUUUGGUUUUGUGGACCAACCGGUCUCUGUGGCAACUACUCAGCUCAGUGCUGGUGGCCCAACCGCAGCCACAGACACGUGACCAGAGCACUUACCAAACGAGGGGGCAAGUCCCAUGGCCACACUUGGCCAAGCCCUGGUCUAUCAAGUCACCCAGGCCUCAGCCUUAUGCAGAGAAAGCCACCCCCCCCCCGAUGACAAGUCACGCCACGGCACCAAAGAGCCCCGAGCCUCACAGAAGCAUGCCGCGGCCCCCCAGCACGCACAGAGCCCGAACAGCACGGAGAUGGAUAACCGGGGCAGACCAGACCCGACCCAGCUCAAGAUCCCCUUCAGUCCACAGCUCGAGCAGGACUGUUCUAGGCUGUCGGCUAGCAUGGUUUUCCCCACAUCUCCCUCUUCAGCAGCAGAAGGCGGCACUGGCUUGCCGAACCGCUUCCGAACCGCUCUGCCUUCUCCCUGCGGAGGCGGCACAAGCCAGGCAAGCCAACCUCACCUCGUGUCAGCGGAGCAUCUUAGUAGCUGACCCAAACUGGAACUCAAGCCCCUGCGCGUCUGCCACUGACUCUGUCCCGAGUCAGCACUAAGCCAGAGACGGCUCCUUCUUCUCAUCUUUUAUAAAAACAUAGUUUGAAGAGUUAAGAGUAUAUUUUAGGCUUUUUAUUUUUAUUAAAAUUUUGUGUGCAUAUGUCUGUGUAUUACACGAUUUGUUUUCAGAGAGGAGGAACUGUCAUUUCAAGAAGUCUCUACUGUACCCCAGAGCGCCCCCGGCGUCCCAGGCCCACCCGGGGAAGACAGCCGCUCAGUCAGGGGCUCCAGCACUGGGCGAGUCAAGACAGACCCCGGCCAUGCACACGUGCUGCUGACUUCUGCGUCGCCAGCACCAGUCACUGUGCGUCUACGUGAGCUACAGCAUCGCUAGCGAGUGGCAAGAUCAAGUGAUAUCACUGGAAAAGUAGAUGAAACUCUCUACUACGAUGUUAAUAACCUCAAGCCCCUCAGCCAUGAGGCGAACACUAGUGUGUUCCAGUUUUUAACUUAGAAACAUUUGUUUCUACAAGAAACAGUCUACUGAAUCCUGAGCUUGGUGCUGUGUUGUCUUAUGAUUAACCCCUCUGGAUGUUUUACAAAUUAGGUAUCUAGUAAAAAGACUUCCUGAGGCAAAGGAAUUACAAUUCAUUCUGGAAACAUUCUAAAUGAGACACUGCUUUUUUCACACAUUUCUUUCAUAAAACUCCGGCGUCUUCCUCAAACAUACACUCAAACUCCACCCAAAAAUAUUAAUAAUAAUGUAAUCAAAAUUCUCAGGUGCAUAAAAAUUUAUUUCUGUAGCGAAAUGAAAGGAGCAAUCAUGAGUUGCCAAGUUAGCCAUUCUAAUCAUGCAAAUUUAUAAUUCUCCUUAGUCCCCCCGACUGGACCCAAGAACCCAUCUGAAGUUCCAGGGAAAGUGCCAGUCACCUGGGACGCAAAAUGGAAGAGUAAAUGAAAGAGUGAAAUGCCUUCGUUUUCAAUAAUUUUGCCCACAGCCAAAAAACCAGUAUAGACAAAGCCUUCCUUCCCAUUGCAUGUGGGCUGACACAGAGGCGGAGGAGGAGACCUGCGCCAACCCCACCGCUCUCCCACCAGCAAAUCCAACGGGCACCUCCCUCAGCCGGGACUCCUCCCGCUGGACAUCUCACUCCGAUGCACAGGAAUUCACUGAGCUACUUUUAUUUUGCAGAAAAUGUCUUUCUCUUUACUGUCAUGCUCAAACAUGAGCCCAGAGGAAACAAAAGCAUCUGCACCUCAGUGCUGAGUCCCCACAGCAAACACAGCUCAAAGCUACCAGCAGCACUUCAGUGCACACGGGAAAGGAACUUAAAAACUCAGCUAUUUACUUCCUUUUAAAUAAAAGAAACAUAACCAAUGUAGGCCUGCUUCCAACCUGACGUUCUCGUUCUCGUGAACCGAAGCCUUCGGGCAGUUCCUCAGCCUCCGCACUGGUAACAAUUCAGGCUGCAUUAUUCUGCUUGAGGCCAUCCUGUGCACCGCAGGAUGGCUCACGGCAGCCCAGCCUCCAGCAGCUGGAUCCCCACAGUGCCCUCCCUCGGUCCUAAGAACCAAAAAUGUCCUCAUAUGUUGCUGGAUGUUUCCUGGGGUCAAGAUCACUCCAGGUGGGAGCUGCUGCCUGACAGGAUUCUUCCACGGUCUCUGCGGGAAAAAUCAGGCCAAGCAGUUUUACCUAGUUGUUAAAGUGCUGCCAAGACCUGGAUUUUGGUUACAUCACCAAAAAUGCUUUCUGUUUCAUUAACCAUGUGUCAGCUCCCUCCAAGGAAGGGACACACAGGACGUUCUGGGGUGCCCCAGUACUCCCUCACAGAGCCCACGCCAUGAGGGCUGGGCCUCUACCUCAGAGAUGACUAAUUCAAAUCCCACCCCCUGACCCGACUUUUUAAGUCACCCCUCAGGCCGCUGGGUUCCCCGAGGGGACUCCCACCACCACAGUGUCCCGGAAGCCCCCUGAAUAACACCAGGCCCCACCCCGCUCACAGACUCUGCGCGAGGGCUCUUCUCUCCUCUGGUCUCAGAAGCCACAUCCGUGAGAUGCCCCCAGCCCCCUCCUGUUCUGGCACGCUCCAGGGCAGCACCCACUGGCCGCCAGAGACUGCGAGCCCACAGAAGGCCCGCGGGCCAGGAGCUGGUGUGAAAGCCAACUUCCCUUAAAGGUCAGAGCCAGGGCCCAUUCCUCACAGAAAGAAAAGUACCCCAACACUCGGCUGGCUUUAAGCAGCUGUGCAAAAUGAAACCAUCACUAACCACCUUCCUUGACAAUGCUGUACACUGAAAGCAAUUAUGAAGCAGUAUUUGUGGACUAAAAACACGAGUGUUUUUGUGGAAAACCUGCUACUUGUUUUCAUAAAAUAAAGUGCUGUGAUGUACUAAAA